GGCCGCUCUGCCGAAUGUAACCGCGCCUCCCAGGAGACCCGGUGCCCGCCCUCCUACCAUUCCACGCAUCUCGAGCCCGCGUGCGGGCCUCUCUCAGGCCGCGCCUAGUGGACGCAGAGGCGGGCCGAGGACGCUGCAGAGAAAGUACCCUGGGCCAUGCAGCUGCCCUCCCCUCCCGGGAAAGGGGCAGGAUGGCUGCCCAGAUGAGUGAGGCAUCAGCCCUGGCCCCCCAAGUCUUCCAGACUCCACUGGAACUGAUGGUGCCAGCCCCCAGGCCCCAAGAGGAGCUGGUCCCCAGGACAGAGGAGGGAGAGGAGCAAGAGGCUCCCCCGGGUGCCUUCCAGGCCCCACCUCCAGGUCACAGGCGCGAGAUGGAGUCCCCAGGAGGGUGGACCCUGCAGGUGGCCCCAGAGGAAGGCCAGGGCCUCUGCAAUGUGAAGACUGCCACGAGGGGCCUCACUGAGGGGGCUGUGUCUGGAGGCUGGGGGGCCUGGGAAAACUCCACGGAGGUUCCGAGGGAGGCAGGGGACGGCCAGCGGCAGCAAGCCACACUGGGGGCGGCGGACGAACAGGGAGGCCCCAGCAGGGAGGUGGGCCCCGCAGACGGUGGGCGGGACGGGGCUGGGCCCGGGAGCGAGCCUGCAGACCGGGCGUUGCGCCCUUCGCCUCUCCCAGAGGAGCAGGGCUGCCGGUGCGGGGAGUGCGGCAAGGCGUUCAGCCAGGGCUCUUACUUGCUGCAGCAUCGGCGCGUGCACACAGGCGAGAAGCCGUACACGUGCCCCGAGUGCGGCAAGGCCUUCGCCUGGAGCUCCAACCUCAGCCAGCACCAGCGCAUCCACAGCGGCGAGAAGCCCUACGCUUGCCGGGGGUGCAAGGCCUUCCGCGCGCACUCGCAGCUCAUCCACCACCAGGAGACACACAGCGGCCUGAAGCCCUUCCGCUGCCCGGACUGCGGCAAGUCCUUCGGCCGAAGCACCACGCUGGUGCAGCACCGACGCACGCACACGGGCGAGAAGCCCUACGAGUGCCCGGACUGCGGCAAGGCCUUCAGCUGGAACUCCAAUUUUCUGGAGCACCGGCGCGUGCACACGGGCGCGCGGCCGCACGCCUGCCCGGACUGUGGGAAGGCCUUCAGCCAGAGCUCCAACCUGGCAGAGCACCUGAAGAUCCACGCGGGCGCACGGCCACACGCCUGUCCCGACUGCGGCAAGGCCUUCGUGCGUGUGGCGGGGCUGCGGCAGCACCGACGCACGCACAGCAGCGAGAAGCCCUUCCCCUGCGCCGAGUGCGGAAAGGCUUUCCGCGAGAGUUCGCAGCUUCUGCAGCACCAGCGCACGCACACUGAUGAGCGGCCCUUCGAGUGCGCCGAGUGCGGCCAGGCUUUCGUCAUGGGCUCCUACCUGGCGGAGCACCGGCGCGUGCACACGGGCGAGAAGCCUCACGCGUGCGCCCAGUGCGGCAAGGCCUUCAGCCAGCGCUCCAACUUACUCAGCCACCAGCGCACGCACUCGGGCGCCAAGCCCUUCGCCUGCGCCGACUGCGGCAAGGCCUUCCGCGGCAGUUCGGGCCUGGCGCACCACCGGCUUACGCACACGGGCGAGCGACCCUUCGCCUGCAGCUCCGAGCUGCGCCAGCACCAGCGCCUGCACUCUGGAGAGAGGCCGUUCGUCUGCGCCCACUGCAGCAAGGCCUUCGUGCGCAAGUCGGAGCUCUUAAGCCACCGGCGCACGCACACGGGCGAGAGGCCCUACGCUUGCGGCGAGUGCGGGAAGCCUUUCAGCCACCGUUGCAACCUCAACGAGCACCAGAAGCGGCACGGGGGCCGCGCUGCGCCCUGACCCCUGACCCGAGGACGCCCUGAGCGGGAGGUCGCGGACACGGGGCACUGCGGGAUCCAGGGCGUGAGUGCGCUGUCUGCCGGCUCAACCUUUUUCGGGCCUCGGGUGCGGGCGCCCUCCUGCUGGGAGUGCAGGGGCGGCCUUGGGUGUGGAGAACCCUGGCUGCACAGUCCCUUUGACGAUAGCCCACCGGCCACCCAGGCCUGGCUAGGGACAUGUGGGAUGGGCUCUUACCCCAGGGAGGGCGGCAAGCUUCACUUCGGCGAGAGGUUCGUCCAUGCAGUGGUGGGCAAGAACUGGGGUGUCCGACAGAUGUGGCUGUUUCUUUAAGUUCUCUGGCACUGUCAAAGCAGCCAACCCACCCCGCAGUCCACAUGGUCACCAUUGCUGCUACCAGCUGCUCAGUGCGGCGGCCACUGUAUCUCCUAAGGUGCUCGCUCCAGUCAGCACUUCAUCUCAGGCAACCACAGGUGACAGUUAAACAUGAUGAAACCGCA